AUGGGAGGCAUUGACCAAGCUAGCACAACACUCACCCGGAUGCAAUUGAGGGUGAGUCCGCAAGGUCACUGUUUUCAAGAUGUUACCGAGUUGGGCGAACAUAAAAGCUUUGGAAUUCACUAUCUCCGAUUGAAUGAUCUUUUCAACUGGCCACAUCAUGGUGUCAUCAUAGUGAGCACCACCACGUGGCCACGACUCGUGUUCAAAUACAUCAUGCCGAAACGGGAGAAGCAGCCAAUAACCGAUGGGGUGAGCAGCAAGGAGAUGUACGAGGAGUUGGAAAAGAUGGCGAGCGAGAAAGAUGCGAAGUUAGGGAAGCAGAUGAUGGAGAUGGAAGAACAGGAUGCGGAGAUACAACAACUAAAAGAGGAGAUCGAGGAUGCGAGAGAGAAGCAGGAGGCAGAGCUGCGAGAGUUGGGAAAGAAAAAAGAUAAGGAGAUGGGGAAAAUGUUGAAGGUAAAAUAUGAUGAAAUGGAGAUGUUGAGAAAAGAGAAAGACGAGGACUUGGAAAUACUAAGGGAGGAAGUGAAGAAUCUAAGAAGUGGUAAAAAGGUAGACAAAGUAGCAUCAACAUUAGACGGAAGUGAGAAAAUACUGGUGGAUAGUGAUGUAUGGCACCAGUUGAAGAAGGAUAAUACAGAGUUGAGGCAAGAGGUAACGAAAAAGGAGGAAGAUAUGACAAGAAGGCUAGAAAAGGGGGUAAAAGAUAUCGAAGCAUUGCAAAAGCUUGUGAAUGAGAGGGAAGAUAUGAUGAAAGAGAAUGCGGCUGAAACGAAAAAGCAAAGGGACCAACUAUUACAACUUGGUCAUGCGUUGGAGCAGCGUUGCAAGCAAUCAUGGGCAAAGACAACUACAACUAAGUUAUUGUCCCUUUAUGGUGUCAACAAGCACAUAAGCAGAAGACGGCCGGUGCCACGUGAUAUUUGGAACGGGGUGAGCGGACAAUCAGGUAUUAAUAUGUACUUUCAUUCACAAAUGAGCGAUAAAAGCUGUUGGUCGUGUCCAUUAAUCAUAGAUUUGAGUAUGGUAGAUGAAGAGGCCAAAGAUUGGCCGCCUCCCCCCAAGAUUUAUAUAAACAGUGGCAUUUCCACAUUCGACCAAGACAACUGGUGGUUUACGAAGGUAACCCACUCGGAUGGAGGCUUGACAAUGAUGGCUUUUUAUGACGGCAAUCACUGUUGUUUCACUGACUAUAAUGGUUACGGAGUUACUCAACUUCCAUAUUCAAAAAACUCUAGUGUAUCGGCAAGUACACCUUUCUUCCUGGUUUGUGAGGGUGGUCGAUUCAAACUUGCUUUCAUGUACCGCGACUAA